GUUGCGCUCUAUUUGGUUUUUGGCGUUACUUCCUUAACUGACACCGACAUGGUGACAAUCAAUCAUGAAAGGUAUGACAGAUCUCCUUUCAUGGAGUCACAAAAUUCCAGUCCUACUCGAAGAUCUUAUGGUGAGAAUGCAGUUAGACAUGAUGCUGAUUCCACACAUAGAAGUUAUGAAGUUAGUCGGCAUUCUUACAAAGAUAAACAUGAUCUUAGUGAAAGUUAUUCCAAAUCAAAAUCUCCAUCUUUGUCAAUUAGUCAUAAAAAUGAAGGUCGUCAUCGUAAAACCAAUGAAUUUAAUCAUCAUCAAACGCCAGAAUUUUGGGAGCGACGCCGUAAAAUGCGUGAGCGCGCUGGUGCUUCUGUAAACACACAGAUAUGGGAGUCAAAUCCACCUAAAGAGGAUUCUGAUUCAGAUAACGACCAGCACACAAUUUCUGGACAAGCUUUCGGACCUAGUCUUCCAACAGAUUUGAAAAUACCAGACAACCGUGAUACUUCUUAUUCGCAUAAAAAGCUCAAGCACAAGAACCACAGUCAUCAUCAUCGGUCACAUAAACACUCCAAAAGGCAUAAAAAAGAAACAAAAAAGAGCACUAAACUCAAAAAACAAAAGCGGAAGAAUAAACAUGCUAGUCGCGAAUCCUCUUCCUCAUCAUCUUCAGAAUCUGAGUCUGAAGUAGAUAGUGAAGAUGAAAAGAAACAAUUUAUUAAACAGAUGAAGGAUAAGAAACGUGAAUUAGAACGUAAACGUGCACAAGAGGAAGAGGAAGAAGAAGCUGUCGGCCCAAUGUUACCUACUGCUGAACAUUCUAGCCUAAUCCCGUUAGAUUAUGGUCGAGCAUUACUACCGGGCGAAGGUGCAGCAAUGGCAGCUUAUAUUGCCGAAGGUAAACGUAUACCACGACGUGGUGAAAUUGGUCUAACUCCUGAAGAGAUUGAAUCGUUUGAAAAAGAGGGUUACGUCAUGUCAGGUAGUCGUCAUCGUCGUAUGGAAGCUGUUCGUUUGCGUAAAGAGAACCAGAUAUAUUCAGCCGAUGAGAAACGUGCUUUAGAACAUUUUAACCAUGCUGAGCGUGCUAAACGUGAAGCGAAAUUGCAAGCUCAAUUUAAGGCAUUGAUUAAACGAAAGUUGGAAGACAAACAAGCUGCUCCUCCGCCAAGUUAAGAAAAUAAAUUUCUCGAUAAUGAUAACUGUUAACAUAUCUGAAUUUCAGAGAAUUUUUAAAAAUCAAUGUCUUGUAUAUAAUCUAAUUUCAUGUACACCAUAAAGUACAGUUUCCUUGGUCAACUAAGGAAUUCAGCUGAAUUGGACGAUUACGGUUGUCAUUCCAUAUGAACGUUAUUUUUCAUAUUGGUCACAAUCAAAUUGUCAGUAAUGAUGUACAUAAACUGAACUAAUCGAUUGCUUUAUCGUGUACAUAGUAGAAAUGUACCAUAUAUUAUCAGUCUAAAUAGUCUUGA